AUGAAAGCCAUUGUUCCACCCAAGAAGGAUUGCUCGAUCUCCGCUGUCGGUAAGGGCUACAUGCUCUGGAUGGGGCCUUGCCAUGAGAUGUUCGCUGCCAUUCCAGAUGACCCGUUAUUCGUCGAGUUGUGCGAACCAAAACCAAUACCACCAGAACUGAUCACAUAUUUGACAUGCGUUUGCAUUUACGCUCGCUCUAUCCUACUUGCUCAAAAAAGUAGCCCGAAUCGCUGGAAGCUUUACCCGUCGAAACGUCAACCCACAACGCCUGUCGUCCUGGUACCAGACCUACUCAUCUCGCCUAACAAGCAAGUGGCAAUGUAG